AUGGGCGUUGGGCAGAGUCGGGAGUUGCUCGGGAAGGUUAGCGAGGACCGUGUGUUUGUCUGCACCAACCGCGAGGAGCUACUUGAACUCUUGUCGACGAUGCAGCAGGCGCUUUCGGCGCCAGCCGAGGCGGGAAGUGAGGGCGGCGUAGAUGACGCGGCACCCGAGAGCCCGGGAGAAGCAGCAGCGGCGGCUGCGGCGUGCGUGCCUGUGGAGGAGGUCCGGGUGCCGAACCACUACCUCGGCGACGACGGUCUCCUCCUGGCGCACCCCGGCGUGCUGCAGCUGCUCGCCGCCAGCCCCGCGCUGCGGCUGCUCGACGUCGCCUACAACGCCCUCACCGUCCGCGCGGCGGAGGCGCUCGCCGGCGGCAGCGGCACCCCACCGAAUCUGCUCUCGCUGAAUCUCGCCGGCAACCACAUGGGGCGCGCGGGGUGCGAGAAAAUUGCGGCUUUUCUCUCCACGAACCCGCCGCUUCGCGAGCUUUCGCUCUUCCACAACGGCCUCUACGACAGUGACGUGGAGCCGAUACUCCGCUCGCUUGCCGGGCAGAACACCCGGCUGCGGCUGCUCAACCUCGACUGCAACUUCCUCACCGGGGCGUUCCUGCGGGUGCUGCUGGAGGUGCUGCGCUCCAACACCACCCUCGCCGUCGUUUUGUUUGACGGGCCGUACCACCCGGAGACGCUGGAGUCACUGCGUCCGGCGGCGCCCGUAGCUUUGGCUCCUGGCGAAGCGGACACCGCCGCCAACGCGCGUGCCUCGCUGCGGAAAAAACUUCUGCGUGCGGACCUCGCAGGGCGGCCGCCGUUCCCGGCUGACCUCGCGCAGGAGGUGGAGGCCAUUCUUGCCCCACGGCGCGCGGAAUACCUGGCCGAGCUGCAGGCGGAGAGAGAGGCGGCGGCGAGAAGCAUGGCGGAGGCGGAGGCAGCGGCGGCCGCAGCUGCAGCCGCACUCCGCUGUGAGGACGCCGCCUGCUCGGCGGCAGAGAUUGAACUCUCCACUGCGGAUGGGGAGGGGAUGGACGGCGACGCGGAACAACUGCCUGCCGACGCAGACGCGGACGCGCAAGCGACCGGGGCGCACUCGAAAGACGGCCAUGCGUUGGCCUCCUCCUCCCACUCGCGCCUGGCAGCCUUAGAAGGGGGGCGGCAGAAGGUGAGCUUCCUAGACCGCGUGCGCCACGGCCGGUCGCCCGCGCCGGCCUCCUCGAAGGAGCAUCGGCGAAGUCCCACCGCCAGUAGGGCGUCGCCGGCGCCGUCGCUGAAAACGCGGCUCGUUACGGGGCGAGAGCUAUACAACGGGUUUGAUCGACUAGCACUCUUGCCAGGGAGUCACAUUAUGGGCGCCAAAACGGUCUGGCACAAAAUCACCGGCCCGCCAUGCCGGCUGCGUGCAUGUUGGUGCGAUCCACGCGACGUAGCGGCGCCGUACGCGGGCGUGCUGCACUACCACUGCAAGCACGAACCCAUCGGAGGGGACCUGGGGGACAUGAGUACCGAGGGCAAGCGGCUAGAGAGCAGCAAGAAGAUGACGCAAGGAGCCCCUCAGCGGGUGCUGCAGCACGUCAUUAGCCAGGUUUCGAAGGAUACUUCUAAUGGGAAACAUAUUCCAUACGACGGUUGCAAGGAAACUGGUCACCGCUGUGAAUCCAUUGGCUUCUACGGCAAUCCAAGGCCAGACAGGAGCUCCGUAUACUUCUUUGCGAGUCCCCAUCCACUGAAAGCAAACGUCGUCGAAGCUGUCUCGGGUGCCACUUGA